UCAAAACUUGCCAGCGAUCCUCACACUGGGCAAGAACAGCUUUGAUAUAAACCGAAUCAGCCUUUCUCUCGGAGGAAAAUCAAAGUUUGAUCCAUAUUUCUAUGGUUGUAGACAUUAGCAGUGAUGCUUCAAUAUCAGAUUGUAUUACCCAGCCUGCUGCUGUUGCUCAUCAGUCAACGGGCAGAAUUUGAUUGUAGGUCACAUAGUUCAAAUUCUUCCUUUCUGGCAGACGAUCCUUCCUUAAAAGAAGAUAGUAAUAAUAAUUUUCUUCGCAAUGUUUAUCAACAAUUGGGAUACAAGCUGGACAUUGUACUAGAGAAAACAGAAGCUGAAAUUAGUGAUAGUGAUCUGAAAUAUUUAUUGGAACAUACAGUGUAUCCCAUUAAUUUGCAAUUUGAAUUCAGCACAAUUAAUAUUCACAACAUCAUCCCAACAACAGUUUGUCAGAUUAUGAACAAUGAAACUCAGUGCAUGUGUGAGAAUGGAUUUACUUGGAACUCAACAUUUUGUAGUAAAUACAAGUCCUGCUGUGAGAAUGUCACAGAGGGUCAGAGGUGUGACUGCAUCAGAGGUGAACCAAUAGAAGGGACAUACUGCGAGCCCACAUACGUGGUGACAACCCCCACACCAAGCACUGUGUCCACAUCUACAACACCAACAGCAGCAGCAACAACAGCAGCAGCAACAACAACCUUGCAAAGUAACUUAAGAAAAAACUUUGCGUUCAGAAUCUUCAACCUGACCUUCACAGAUGAACUAAGCCAGGCCUCCUCAACCUUGUUUAAAAGUCACUCAAGAACAUUCCAGGGGUUGCUGCAAACAGCCUACAGAAAUGUACAACGUGAUGCAACAGUGAACAUUCUAGGAUUCACCAAUGGAAGUGUAAUUGUACUCCAUCAAGUCAUCUCUGAAGAGCCUUUAACUAAAAAUAUCGAGAAAGUUAGAGAAAAUGUGAGAAAUGCUUUUUCUCCAAAUUACACAAUAGAGUGGUUACAGGAUGAUGAAAUACCGUGCUUUCACGAAACUUAUGGCAUAACAAAUUACAAUACCUGCGUGGAAGUCCCCUGUGAAAAUAAGACAGGAAUCAUGAAAAUUAGAUGUGGAAAGAAUGGAAUGUAUAAACUAGAUUUUUGUAUAUCUGAAGAAAUCUACAAAAUUCUUGAGGUGACAAAAGGCUCAAAUUUAGAAGACAUUUUUUCCAGUCUUCUUCGGAAUUUAUCCAUUGCUGUUACUGAGGUCAACGUAAACACUGCUGGAAAUAUCCAAGCUGUGGUUGACAUAUUGACAAGUAUUUCAAAUCUAGGUGUCAAUGUUACGGAAACAGACAUGACGCAUUUCUUGAAAACAGUAAGCGAAGUUCUCUCUUCUCAAUCAAUAGAAGCUUGGAGGAAUAUUACAGCUGUAAAUGGCCACAGCGCUAGUUCCCAAUUAUUAAAGUCAGUGGAAAAUUUUAAUAUACACUUCAGAAUGCAGAAUGACACAUUUAUCAAGACAGAAAUAAACCUUGUCUUCAAAGCCUAUAGAAAUCGCAGACGGUUUAUUGAUGAAACCUUUCAUAAUAUCUCUGCAGAAUAUUCCAAUUUAAGUGCGAAUGUAUUCAUUUCCUCAGACGAGUUUAAAGAUAAGCCAAAUGCCACAGUCAUUAUUGUUGCGUAUCCAGUAUGGAUUGAUAUUUUACCCAAUACCACAACUUUUGAUGGAAAUUUUUUGAUUAAUAGUCUCGUCCUGACAUUAAACAUUAGUAAACCUAUUAACGUCAAGAUGACCUUCUCACCAAGAAAUCGCACACUAGAUUUCAACACUGCAGUGUGUGGCUUUUGGGAUUUUACAGGCAGGGGUGCAUGGAAUGAUACUGGCUGUAAGUCUGAAAUCAACGAAGAAAAUAUAACAUGUCACUGUGACCAUUUCACAUCCUUUUCAAUUUUAAUGUCCCCUGAUACCAAAGACAGCCCUGCUUUGAAUUAUAUCACCAGUAUCGGAGUUGCCAUCUCAAUCGGAAGUUUACUAAUCACUAUUAUUAUAGAAGCCAUAGUGUGGAAGCAUGUGACCAAAAAUAAAACCUCAUACAUUCGCCAUGUUGGAAUUCUGAAUAUUGCAGUAAAUCUGCUGGUCGCUGACGUAUGGUUCAUUGUGGCUUCAGCUGUAGAACCAGGAACACGGGCUUGCACAGCUGCUACUUUCUUCAUUCAUUUUUUCUAUCUUGCCUUAUUCUUCUGGAUGUUAACCCUGGGCCUGCUGCUUGCCUAUCGUUUACUAUUCCCUUUCCAUGAUCUCAGCAGAUCAGUUAUGAUGGGAAUAUCAUUUGCCGUUGGUUACCUGCCUCCAUUGAUAAUCUCGAUCAUCACAAUCGGAGUUACCUUUCCAAGAAACAGUUACACCAGAGAAGGUGCCUGCUGGCUCGGCUGGGAGACCGAAUACCCUCUGCUUGCAUUUGUUAUACCUGCAUUGGUUAUAAUCGCAAUCAAUGUCAUCAUUUUGUUUAUAGUCAUUUUUAAGUUGCUGCGACCAACAAUUGGGGAUAGAUCCAGAGCCAAUAAUCAGGAGAGAGAAAUGUUCAAACGGAUCGUGAGAAGUGUUGCUGUGCUAACCCCAAUCCUUGGACUCACCUGGGCAUUUGGAAUACCAACCUUUCAACAAGGUUCCCCUGUUGCUUUCCAUUAUAUAUUUACAAUUCUCAAUGCUUUUCAGGGAUUCUUCAUUUUGGUCUUCGGGACAUUCAUGGAUAAUAAGGUACGAGAAGCCUUGCUGAAGAAGAUUUCAAUGGGAGGAUUUUCUUCCAUAGCUAAGUUACCAUCAAGUUCGUCUGGUGCAAAGCCUUCCUCAACACCUCAUCAUUCAUUUCGUUCUAGAAAGAAAAACUACAAUAUAAGUGAUCAACUGCACUUCAUUAACAAUACACCAUCUCCAAGCUCUCUAUUCUGAAUUAACUGCCGGAACUCAAUACAUAGAUUCUGCAUCUCUUUAGAUAAUGAAGAUAUUUGAAGAAAAAAAACAUUUGCACCAUAAAAGACAAACUUCAGAAUUUAUACAAGAAGAAAUUGUUUUUGCUGUUAAAAAUACGUAAAACCUUGUGACAAUGAAUAUGAACAGACAGUAUUUGAUUUAUGAUUUGGAGAUGCCGGUGUUGGACUGGGGUGUACAAAGUUAAAAAUCACACAACAC